UCUCAUCAUCUCUCUCUGUGACUCGCUUUUCUCGCUCGGUAGCGUUUUUCGCGCGAGAGAAGACGACGACGACCAUGGCGAUGGCGAUGGAAGGAGCGGCUGCUCUGAAACUCGCUCCUCUCAGACCAUUUUGCCCUAAUUCGACCCUCACUCUCACCACGUCCUCUUCUUCUAGGGCUUCCUUCCGCAGACUCUCUUCUUCUUCUUCCUGCUCCUCCUUGUCUGUGCUCGCCGACAGCGACCCCUCCGCUUCCGGCUCUCUCUCCUUGGGCCACCUCACCCGUCCCGAUUUCCCCAUCCUCCACCAGGAGGUGAAUGGCUCGAAGCUUGUCUACUUGGACAACGCCGCGACGUCGCAGAAGCCUAACUCUGUCUUGAAGGCUGUGCAGAAGUAUUACCAGGCUCACAAUUCCAACGUGCACCGAGGGAUUCAUUUCUUGAGUGCAAAGGCGACGGAUGAGUACGAGUUGGCCAGGAAGAAGGUGGCCGAGUUCAUCAAUGCGGGAGAUUCUAGAGAUAUCGUUUUCACAAGAAAUGCUACUGAAGCUAUCAAUCUUGUUGCCCACUCCUGGGGCCUUUCGAAUUUGAAACCGGAAGAUGAGAUCAUACUCACAAUUGCUGAACAUCAUAGCGCUAUCGUCCCGUGGCAAAUAGUCUCAAAAAAGACCGGCGCCAUUCUUAAAUAUGUGGACUUGGAUGGAGGCGAAGUACCAGAUGUGAGCAAAUUAAGAGGAAUGCUUUCAAAGAAGACGAAACUGGUUGUAGUUCAUCAUGUAUCAAACAUGCUUGCUUCUAUUCUGCCGAUCGAAGAUAUUAUUCAAUGGGCACAUGAUGUUCAGGCUAAAGUCCUUGUGGAUGCUUGUCAAAGCGUGCCUCACAUGGUGGUUGAUGUCAAAGCCCUUGAUGCUGAUUUCCUUGUUGCCUCGUCUCACAAGAUGUGUGGGCCUACAGGCAUUGGAUUCUUGUAUGGAAAGAGUGAGCUGCUGACUUCCAUGCCUCCAUUUUUAGGUGGUGGAGAGAUGAUUGCUGAUGUCUUUCUGGACCAUUCCACAUAUGCGGAACCUCCAUCCAGGUUUGAGGCUGGAACACCUGCUAUUGGGGAAGCAAUUGGACUAGGAGCAGCUAUUGAUUAUUUGUCUGAGAUUGGCAUGCAAAAGAUUCAUGAUUAUGAGAUGGAACUUGCAAAUUACUUGUAUGAAAGCCUUCAAUCAGUUCCGAGUGUUCGUAUCUAUGGUCCAAAACCUUCAAGGAAUAUCGGUCGUGCUGCUUUGUGCUCAUUCAAUGUCGAGAGCAUACACCCCACUGAUAUUGCGACAUUUCUCGACCAGCAGCAUGGGGUUGCCAUCAGAUCGGGUCACCACUGUGCUCAACCCCUCCAUCGCUUUCUAGGAAUCAGUGCGAGUGCACGUGCCAGUCUCUACUUCUACAACACUAAAGAAGAUGUAGACAAUUUCAUUCUGGCACUCAACGAUACAGUCAGUUUCUUCAAUUCUUUCAAGUAAAAGGUGCCUCCCUAUGUUAUUUUUAGGGACGUGUGCAUAAAUAUGUGGAUCUCGGAGCUAGAUGGAUAAAGAGGAGUCGAGAUGGUUUUA